AUGUCUCAUACACCACCAAAAUUCGACGAAGAAAAGUCGCUCGCUCGUGUGGAAGAAGCAUCCACCACGGAUGUACUGCCAGAGGGCUCUGUGGAUCCCAUUUAUUUGGCAAAGGCCAAAGUGCUCAACGACGCGAUCCAGAGCAUUGGCAUGGGCAAAUACCAGUGGCAUCUUUUCAUUGUCACUGGAUUUGGAUGGUUUGCCGACAAUUUGUGGCCAGUCGUCACCGGCAUUAUCCUCCCUCCUGUCCUCGUCGAAUUUCAAGGUUCUAGUGGCCCAUACCUCAAACUAGCGCAGAAUAUUGGUCUCCUCUUUGGUGCAUUCUUCUGGGGUCUCGGCUCAGACGUUUGGGGUCGACGAGUGAGCUUCAAUAUCACCCUCUUCAUUAUCGGCGUGUUCGCGACUGCGGCCGGGGGAUCAAAUAGCUAUCUCACCCUUGAAGUCAUGGCUGCGCUUUGGUCAGUGGGAGUAGGCGGUAACCUUAAUGUGGAUUCUGCCAUCUUCCUUGAAGCAUGUCCUGCAAAGAACCAGUACCUCCUCACCGUGCUCUCUAUCUGGUGGGCAUUUGGUCAACUUAUCGGUGCGCUCGUCGCAUGGCCACUCCUCGCCAACUUUUCAUGUCCAACAACCGCCACAACAUGUGCAAAGAAAGACAACAUGGGCUGGCGGUACUUUGUAUUCACGAUGGGAGGGCUUAUGCUCUUGCUAUGGGCAAUCCGAUUCUUCGUGUUCGAUCUCGCCGAGUCGCCCAAGUUCCUCAUGGGACGUAAGGACGAGCAAGCUGUGGAAAGCGUGCAUCAUAUCGCCGCAUAUAACGGCAAGACAUCAAAUCUCUCUGUUGAGGACUUGAAGCAAGCAGCGAAAGUGGCUGGUGCGGGUAAAGAACAUGCAGGUGAACCGGAGAUGGAUACCUCGGCCAAGGCUGCAGCAUUGCGAACAGUCGAGAAGUUUAGGCUCGAUCAUAUCAAAGCAUUGUUUGUGACACCACGUCUCGCCUAUUCGUCCACCUUGGUCAUUAUAAUCUGGGCGUUGAUCGGACUGGCAUUCCCAUUAUACAAUGCCUUUAUCACCGUCUUCUUCACUCUCCGAGGUACCGACUUUGGAGAUGGGAGUAUCGACACAACAUACCGAAAUCUUGUCAUUCUCUCUGUGAUUGGCGUACCCGGGGCAAUUAUUGGCGGUUAUCUUGUCGACGUGCCCUAUCUUGGACGCAAAGGAACACUUUCACUUGCGACAGUUUCAACCGGUAUAUUCUUGUUUGCGUCUACGACAGCUCGCGACUCGAAUGCACUUCUUGGUUGGAACUGCGCAUACUCCUUUACAUCAAACAUCAUGUACGGCGUGCUCUAUGCGAUGACGCCAGAGUUAUUCCCCACCAAAGACCGUGGGACGGGUGUCGGAUUAGCCGCCACCGCCAACAGAAUCUUUGGUGUCAUGUCGCCCAUCGUGGCGCUUUAUGCGGACCUGAGCACCCCAGUACCUAUCUACGUCUCUGGUGCGCUCUUUAUUGCGUCGGGCCUAAUUGCGCUUUUGCUCCCCUUUGAGACUCGAGGAAAAGCCAGUAUCUAA